GAUCUAGAUAGCUCCCUUUUUCCACACACUCAAUAUACACGCUUUAUGUCACACACUCUACAGUAUCCCUCUGUACAUAUGUAUGUACCUUCUGUACUUCUGUACCUUCGUACCUUUCAUGCUAACUCUGUUGGGGCUGGACUCGACCUGGGCUUACCGACCAAGCCUCCUCGGAAGACGAAGCCAGUUCCCUAGCCACGGCCCCGCCCCGUUAAUUCCCAGCUUCUCGCUCAUGUAUCCCAAACAACAGCAGCAACAAAGCCCUGCAAUGCCGCAUGACCACGUUAGGUGGCAUCUCUGCGCAUCUCAUUCCUUACUACGUAACCAGCGGGUGACAGCUCGGACAAACGCUAACCUAGGACAGACACGCGAGCCCUCUGGUUGAUCGCUCACCGGGCCACCUUGGUCAAGUCGAAUGCAAAUGUUAGCAACUUCCCAGUUGACGAUCCGCUGACCGAUGAUUACCGGCACCGGGCUCCGUUUUUUCUUCUUCUUUUUUUUAUAUUGCCGCCCGGCACGACGCAAUACCUAACGAAAGU